AUGAUAAGUACAUUUGAUAAUUUAGCGGUGAUUUCCGAUGAAUUUGUCAAAAAUGAUCAAUCAUUUGAAUCUGUAACAAUGAGAAUUGUUGAUAUUCUUUGCAGUCUAUUGAAAGGAGACACUGAUCAAGUCGAAGCAAAUUUAAUGGUAAAUGAUACUGAUAAAUCACUUUCAGCAAUACCUGAAAAAUUGAAAGAAGUUAGUCUAUGUUGUAUAUUUAUGUGUACAAAAUCUGCUCACUAUAAUCAAAUUAAAGAAAAUUUACAAAGGAAAUUUUGUAGUUUGUUAUUUGUUAAAAAAGAACAUUUUGUUUUAGAUUCUGAAUACUUGGAAAGUAAUACUUUUGUGGAUGUUGAAUGGUACUCUAAAUAUGAAACUAUUACUCAAAUGAUUGUACUGCAAUCUUCUCAAAAAAUUGCAGAAGAUAAUGAGAUGGCUAAUCAUCAUAAAGAAUUUUGGGAAGUUGGAGCUACAGAAAAAGAAUUAUGGUCUGAUGCACAAUUGGAUGAAUGA